CCCAAGGGCACAUGGAACAACUUGAAGCUUCAACAAAUCAGGAACUGAACCAGCCAGUCCCUGUGUUUAAGCUUCCUUCUAAGAUCCUUUGCCGUCUUGUUCAUGUUCAGCUACUGGCAGAACAAGAGACGGAUGAUGUGUAUGCCCAGAUCACUUUGCAACCAGAAGCAAAUCAAGCAGAACCUGCAUGUCUUGAUCCAUCCUCACCUGAGCCACCAAACCAGACAGUUGAUUCCUUUUGUAAGAUUUUGACAGCAUCAGAUACGAGCACGCAUGGGGGGUUCUCUGUUCUAAGGAAGCAUGCCAAUGAGUGCCUUCCUCCAUUGGACAUGACUCAAGCAACUCCAACUCAAGAGUUGGUUGCCAAAGAUAUUCAUGGGUAUGAGUGGCGGUUCAAGCAUAUAUUUAGGGGGCAACCAAGGAGACAUUUGCUAACAACAGGGUGGAGUACCUUUGUCAGUUCUAAAAGACUGGUUGCAGGAGAUGCCUUUGUUUUUCUCAGGGGUGGUAAUGGGGAAUUACGAGUUGGGGUGAGACGUCUUGCUCGUCAGCAGAGUACAAUGCCUUCAUCAGUGAUAUCCAGCCAGAGCAUGCAUUUAGGAGUGCUGGCUACUGCUUCUCAUGCUGUUAAAACUCAGACACUCUUUGUUGUGUGUUACAAGCCAAGGACCAGCCAAUAUAUUAUAGGUGUAAACAAGUAUCUGGAGGCAAUUAAAAAUGAGUUCCGUGUUGGAAUGCGUUUCAAGAUGAGAUUUGAAGGAGAAGACUCUUUUGAGACUGAGAGAAGGUUCACGGGUACUAUAGUUGGGAUUGGAGAUAUUUCCCCCCAUUGGUCAGAAUCUAUAUGGCGGUCCUUGAAGAUUCAAUGGGAUGAACCUGCAGCGAUCCAAAGACCAGAGAGGGUUUCCCCAUGGGAGAUUGAGCCUUUUGUGGCUUCCACUUCUGUCCCUGUAAAUCCUGUUCAGCCAGCGGGAAGGAACAAAAGGCCACGACAUCUGGAUACUCCUUCUGAAAUUACUACCAACUCUGCCGCUUCAACCUUCUGGUAUCAUGGAUCAACACAGCCUCAUGAUUUAACCCAAUUAGGAAGUACCAACGAAGUCCAGAGCAGUGAAAACCAAGUUGUCUGGCCAAUGAGGCAGAAAGAAAGUGGUAGCAAUCUUGUUAGUGGCAACUGCAGCUAUAACUCAAGGGGCCUUGCUGAAAGCACUUGGCUGUCUCCUGAUGCAAACGUCUCUUUAAACCUUUUUCCAGAUUCAGUGGGUGAAAACAACAGAACUGUGAGUGCACCAUCGUUUAUCUCUGCUUAUCCUUCACCUGCUCCAUUUAGGCCAAGCAAUAGCCUUGUGCAUGAUCAGGUUGACAUUGGGAACAAAUGUGAGGCCUCUACUGGUUACCGUUUGUUUGGAAUUAAUCUGACUACCGGUAGUGGUGCUGUUACUUGUGACAAGGAACCUGGAUCUGCAACUGUCAAUUCAAGUUGUCUGAAGGGACCUGUUCUAGCUGCUUUGGAUGCCGAUAGGGUAAAAAAUGUAGAUAGUUCAAAGGCUUUGAAGGAACAGAACCAGGUCACAGCAGAGGCAUCACCCAAGGAGGUGCAGACUAAGCAGGGUCCUGCUGUUUCUAAUUCCAUGAGAACUCGUACAAAGGUGCAAAUGCAAGGGAUUGCUGUUGGUCGUGCUGUUGAUCUAGCUGGGCUGAAAGGAUAUGAUGAACUCAUAGCUGAACUAGAGAAUAUGUUUGAUAUCAAAGGAGCGCUAAGCCUCCGUGACAAAUGGGAAGUUGUCUUUACUGAUGAUGAGGGUGAUAUGAUGCUUGUGGGCGAUGAUCCAUGGCAUGAAUUCUGUAAGAUGGCAAGGAAGAUCUUCAUAUAUUCAACUGAGGAGGUGAAGAAGAUGACUGCAAGACGUAAACUUCCAGCUUCAUCGUCAUUGGAGGGUGAAGGGACUGUUUUAAGCCUGGACUCCGAACUUAAGUCUGAAAAAUGAAAAUUCAGAAAAUAUGUUAUUUUCUUAAUUUGUGGUGUUUUUCGGUUUCCCUUGGCUUGGAAGGUAGGAGAAGAAACUCUGGUGGUAGUUAUAUGUAUAUAUAUAUAUAUAUAUAUUCCUUUUUCGGAGCUUAAUUUUCUCUAGGAGAAUAGAGGGCUGAAAGAAACGGGUUAUACAGACAUGGAAUUUGAUGGAAGGAGAACUAAAAAUCUAAUCCCAAAGGAUACUAUUAUGGUAGGUUUAGGAAUGAAACCUGUGUAUACCUUCGUUUUGUGGGGUAGGCGGUUUUUAUUUGAAGUCAGUAAGCAUGUAAAAACAUAAAUGCUUUAAAUCUUAUCUAAACUUCUUGUUGUAGGCAAUUGUAGAUUGCAUGUG